AUGCAGAAGCAUUCGGUCAGUGCUGGGCAUGUGCAUCAGAAAGCAGCUUUUCGUGGGUACAGCCUUCAUCCUCUUCAUGCCCUCAGUGUCUCAGAGCCUUGGGUGCAGUGCAGUUUUACAGACUUGACAAAUAAGCAGAUGGUAACCAGCCUCAUUUCUUUGUAUGCACAAGUGGUGAUCUGGUUUUGUCGGUCCAGUCUUCUUCCCGAGGGUUUAGAUGAUCACAUGCAUUUGUCCAGACUUUUCUACAAUUACCCUUUGAUUCAGAGCUACUAUACGGGUCACCGAGAGAAACUCGAGCGCUUAUCAAGAGGCAAAUGGGAUUCUGAUUGCUUGAUGAUUGAUGGAAUGGUUUCCCAGUUGGGAGAGGAAGUGGAGAAGUUGUGGCAGAGGGAUGAAGGCGGCACUGGGAAAUACCCACCUGUUAGUUUACAUGCACUGCUGGAUCUCUAUUUGCUAGAAAGCAUUGAUGAAAGCGACAAACAUGCAAUUACAAUUUACUUGCUGCUGGAUAUUAUGCAUUCCUUUCCAAAUAAAACAGAGACUUCUAUUGACUCCUUUCCAACUGCCUUUGCUAUCCCUUGGGGUCUUGUUAAGCUGAUUCAAGGGUUUUGGCUCCUAGAUCACAAUGAUUAUGAAGGUUUUGUGAACUUAGAAGGACCUGAAUUGCUCCUCUUAACACAUUCACUUUGUUCUUGGUGGCUGACAUUUUUUUUCCCUGCAAAUACUGAAGAAUUUUUACUGAUGGCAACUUUCAUCAGUAAAGUGUUGUCCAAAAUUGGAGAAGUAUGGUUAGGAAAUGAGCAGAAAACAAAUAUCUCUCAGUAUGAUAGUCCUAGAACUACAGAGCCUGCAGUCAGUACACAUCCUCUCCGUGGUGCAGAGUUGCCUGAUGCAUUUCUUGGGACACCUAUUACAAAACUUUCUCAAAAGUGUUCAAGGUUGCUGGAUUUGGUGGUUCGUCCUGUUCCUUCCCGCUCUGUGGCACAGGAUGAGAGCUGGCAGUCCCCGUGCAGAGCUUCUACUUCUUUUGUGGCAUCCAGCCCCCUGAGAUCAAAUACACAUCGCUCCAGCUCCCAAAACAGUCUGCCAAGAGCAUCAGAGUUGAAUUUAUUGGAAACUCCUCGUGUGGUCAAGAGAGCUAAAGUUUUGGCCACAUCUUCCGGUUUUCCUGGGUUUACUCCUCAGUCUAUUCUCAGGUCCAGCCUUCGCACUACACCCCUAGCAACUCCCUCUGCAUCCCCAGGACGAUCAGUUACUCCUCCUCUACGAGCAAAGGAACCUAGAAUAUCUUUCAGAGAAGAGAGCUCACAUGCAAAGUGGACAGUUGGGGUGACAGAAGAUGAUAAAGCACUAUUUGGAGCUUCAUCUGAGCAUCAUCAUGGCUUGGUAGAGGAUGCUUGGUCUGAAAGUAGAGCUAAACCAACUCUGUUUACUCUGAGCGAUCCUGGGGAUGGUCGUGCUGAAUUGCAGGAAUCUUCGGAAAGCAUACCUGCAGAUGAUUUGGAGAAAAUGGAUGUCAGCAAGGAAAAUAGUAACUUCUCUGUCAGAUCAGACCAGACUACUUUGGAGUAUCAUGAUGCAAAAUCACCUGGUGAUUUUGAAGAUGAUGUCAUCUUUAUAGCUGCUAAACCAGCUAAUUCUUCCACUGUUGACGUUCAAGAAUUGGAGAAGGAGGAAGAAAGUGAAAUGGUUGAAGAUAAACCUUUCCAGAUGAAACAACCAGAUCCUUCAGGACAAAGAAAAGAAGCAGGAUUUGUGGAAGAAUCAAAUGCUGAAUAUCAUACCCUUCCUGAGUAUAAGUCGGUGUUUAAAGCUGCUGAGGCUGCAACUUCUGGGACUGGAAAUGAAGGUGAAAAAACCUACCAGGAGUCUGAAAUGACCUCUUCAUCAGAAGAAAAAGCCAUACUGGUUGCAACAAAUCCACAGCUUGCUGAAUCCCCGGAGGCAGACAGUGAAUCUGUGAUAAGUAUCCUUGACAGUGAGGAUAUGGUCAGUACUCCUUCUCAAAAUCGCCUUGAGGGCAAGCGUGUGGAUUUACCUGAAGAAUGUAACCCUGAAGCAGCUGAAGCGGAAGAAGUCCCUGUUUCUAACAAUCCUCCCAAAACUGAGGAAAUUAAUGUUAUAGAAGAUACUUCAGAACCAGCACCUGAAACAUCACCAUAUAGUGAGCUAGAUCCAUCAAGAGUUCUUCAUUAUAGCUAUGAAAAUAUAGAGCAACAGUUUGCAUGUGAUUUGCCUGAUAAUAAAGAUAGUGAAUGUGAUGCAGCUGAGGGAGAUGGAGACCUUUUUCUCUCUCAGAAUAAUUUUACCUUAGUUUUGGAAGGAGAAGAAGGGGAAGCAGAGAUGGGAGACCCUACAUCAAUAGAUGCUUCUAAACCAGAUGACACAACAACAGAAGAAAAGCCUCUGACCAAUUUAGGGAAUACUGAAAACCAGGAACAUGUUACAAAUUCAGUGUCGACUGUAACUGGCGAUCAGGAAUCUCAAAAUAUUGCAGAGUCACUCCCAUAUGUGCCUGAACCUAUUAAGGUUGCCAUUGCUGAGAACUUACUGGAUGUAAUCAAGGACACGAGAAGUAAAGAAUUUACAUCUGAAGUUGUAGAGCAAUCAAUUCAUGAAACCAUAGGUAAAAAGGUAACUAGAUUCCAGAAGGUAAAGGCUCCCUUAACACCUGUGUUAGAAGCAGUGGGAGAGGAAACCAGCAGGCAUCAUUAUGGCACUGCUCCAAGAACCCGCACAAGGGGACAGCUGGGUAGAAGUCCGAGUGUUCUGUCAGCAGGCGCUCAGCAGCUGCUGAAGACUGACAGCCCUGCUCUGCUCGGACUGUCUCCUCGGAGAAGUACCAGGCGAACAAAAGAAGCAUCUGAGACUCCCAGGCUCCAAACAGAGGAAAAUGCUCAAGAGGAGAAAAUACCUGUGACACCUGUUACUCCUAGGAGAGGUAGGAAACCUAAACUGUCUAAUUUAGAAAAAACAGAAAGCAGCCAUUCUGAUGGACAGACCUUGUCUGACAGUACGCAGCCUGUUACUCCCAGAAGAGGGUUAAGGAGAGCAAAGGAAGCUGCAUCUGAACUCCAAGAAGAGGCUAAUGAGCAAACGCCUCUUGCUGAAGGCAGCAUUAUUGCUUCUUCUGAUUCCAGAAGGACUAAAGGAGGAAAAAGUUCAGUUGGAAAUCCAGAAAUUGGCAAGAGUGACACUGAUCAUAAAGUGAAACCAGCAGUCAGUCCCAGCAGAAGUGCAAGAAAAUUGAAAAGCUUUAAUUUACAGUUUACUGAAGAUACUGUACAGGAUCAACAGGUGCAGCUUAGUGACCAACUCCUUUUACCUGUGCCAAGUAAAAGAGGCAGAAGAAGAAAGAUUAGCUCAUCAGAAGUUUCAGAAAAUUCUGAUGUUGAUGUGUCUAAAUCAUCGCUUCCUCAAACAGAAUUUAAACUUCCUGUCACGCCUAGAAGAAGUGCUAGGAAGGCAGCACAAAACCUCUUGGCAGACCCAGAGUCUACCUCUUCUCAGGAAGACACACAUUCAGGUGUGAAAGUAGAAGCCCUUGAUACUCCUAAGAGAAAAACUAGGAGAGUGCCACAGGAGAACCCAGAAAAAGAGGAUACUCAUGUACAAGCUCCUGCAGAGCCAAAUGAGGAGCCAGCCACGCCCAGGACUGCGGUGAGGACAGGGCGUCGGGGCAGGAAGAGGAGAUCAAUGUCUGAGGAGACCUCCCAAGGACCUGGUGGCAGUCCUUUGCUGCUUGAAGACAUAAACCCCUCAGGACCUGAUCAGACAUCAAGAGCUCUGACAGAUCGUGUUACAAGAACCAGAUCCCGCAGGACUGCCAUCCAUCAGAAACUGUCUGUUGAGGAAAAUGAGGCUUUCCUUUUCUCUCCUCCUCUCACAAAGCUCACAAAGAAAUUUGAAGCUGGAAAAACAGACCAUCCUGUGAAGUUUCAGGAUUUAGACCCGGAUUUGUCUUCUCAAUUUGUCUUUUCACCUCCUCUUUUGAGGUCAAGGAGAAAAAAUGUAGCUAGCAUUUCCCGAAUUGUGAAAGAAGCAGAGCUUCCAGCUAAAGAAGAAGAGGAUACCAAAUCCAUAGAGUCCGGGGGAAAGCAAAAAUUGAAGAGAGGUAGAACUCCAAAAUCAAAAAUGAAGAAAGCAAGCAAAACCACAAAAGAUUCUUGGUCACCUCCACCAGUCGAAAUAAAAUUCAUCUCUCCUUUUGGAAGUCCAGUGGAUGGAACAAAAACUAAACAGAAAGAAACUACAGAUGCAGCAGGGAAGACCCUAAGAAAGAACAAAAAAAGACUGUCUAAUUUUCCAAAGCCAGUUGUGCGCCGGAAGAUGCUGUAACUGUUUUUUUAAGUUUAUAAUGUACACCACUGUUUGUAAAGUCAUCAAAAUUGUGUGAAUUAGUAAGAAGAAAAAUCAUAAUUUGGAAGAGAUAAUUUAUAUAAAUUAUUGUAAAAUUUCAUUAAAAAUGGUCUUCAGUAAGUAACUCCAUAUGGAGUGUGAUUUCCUCAGUCAAUGCAGUUUUCUAUUUUAUAUUAAGACUUCAUACAUUUAUAUAAUAUGUAAAUACAGCUUAUUUUAGGAAUGUUAAAUAAAAAUGUAUACUUCACAAUGUGCUUACUGUCUGAUAGCUUUUUGAGGGAAUAUUGGGUUGAAUGACCUGUAUUGCUCAGAACUUUUAAUGUUGAUUUGUGGGAGUUACAGACUCUCAAAAGUGAUUCCAAAAGCUUUUAAAAAGUUUGUUUAGAAUUUCUGUAACAAGUAAACAUUUUAAGCGUACUAGUUUUAAUUUUAAAAUUAUGUUUGACCUUCUGGCACAAAUAAUUGAACUUACAAUACAAACUGGUAAUUCCUUACAUUCACGGUUAAGUUGUACUGUAUUGAAGUCAGAAUGUAAACAAUUGCGUUUUAAGCUGUGCAAUAUUUUUUUUUGUAUUUGUCUUAAACUUUGGGAAAGCUGCUCUUUAGUUCAUAAAACCAGAUCACACCUCAGAUGUGUCGUUAUUUCUAAAAAUUUGUUGUCAGCAAAAAUUUACAUGUACAGAUGGUGUGAUGCCUACAAUAGCAUAUCAGAUUUAAAGGGAUAUUACCCAGAUACUUUGAAAUUUGAGCCAGAAUUAUUUUCGUAAUAUGACUGCUACUAUAAUUGAAAUACGUACUGUCUGUAAACAUGCUUUGCAGUAUUUGAAACCUGCAUAUCACAGCACUGAAAACCUGAUGGUAAAGCCUAUAUAAUAGUCUGAAAAAGGUACAAAAUUGUACAGAAAUCUUAGUUACAAACCGUAUUUUUGAAUAAUUGUUUCAUUAACAGUCUUGGGUUAAGGAGUAUAUGUCCCUAUAAAGUUUCAAUUUGUAUAAAUAAAGUCACAAACCUAUUCUUUUAAAAGCAGACAUGGAAGUACUAUUUUGAUGUGCAGUCUUUUAGACAAUGGAUUAUUUUUCUGUAUGUUAAUUUAUACAUGGAUGCAACUUUGAAGACUACAGAAUGGUGGAACCUGAUAUUAAACUUUUCAAUUAGUAAAAA